AUGAAAAGCACCAGAAAGGUGGGUUCACCAAGGGGAGAGGUUGGAGAGAUUGACACGAGGGCACCAUUCCAAUCUGUCAAAGCUGCUGUUAGUUUAUUUGGUGAAGUAGCCGUCUCUAAGGACAGAUAUGCUGUCAAGAGAAGAUCAUCAGAGAAUGUAUUUGAAAAGGAGACACAGCUUAUCUUGGCCCAAAAAGAAUUAGACAAGUUAAAGAAACAGGUGGAGAGUGCUGAGACCUCGAAAGUUAAAGUACUUUCUGACCUUGAGAAUGCCAAGGUGGUCCUUCAGAGUUUGACAACCAAGCUCAACAAUGUGAGAGAAUCCAAGCAAUCAGCAAUGGAAGCAGCUAAAGCUGUGAAGAAUCAGAGCAAAAAACUUGCAAAGGGUCUAUCCCUAAAAGCUGUAGGAUUUGAAGCUUGGAAACGAGAACUAGAAAAAGCAAGAAAAGAGUACACGACUACUACAACUGAACUAGAUGCUUCCAAGCAAGAACUCACCAAAAUCAAGCAGGAUUUUGAUGCAGCUUUGGAGGCAAAGCUGGCAGCAUUCCAGAGUGCAGGAGAAGCUCAGCGUUCAGCAAAAUUAAACUCUGAAAGGAUCAGUGAACUCUCAGAUGAAAUUGCAACCAUGAAAGCAUCAAUUGAACAGUUGAAGCUCGCCUCUGUGCAAUCCCAAGAAGAACAGGAACAAGUCAUGGGACAAAAUGAAACCCCACUUGGUUUUUAUAAAACUGCUAAGGAAGAAGCACAGAAAAGAUUGGAGUCCUUAAAGAAUGAAUAUGAUCCUGAACUAAUCAAGAGUCUAGAAGCCAAACUUGCUGAAACAAGUGUAGAGAUUGAUGUUCUUCAAGAGCAGAUGAAAAAGGUCCAUGCUUCUAAGAUGGAUUCCAUGAGACUUCUAACUUCAGAGCUUAAAGAAGCCACGAAGACACUGCAGGACGUUGCUGAAGAAGAAACCUCCCUUAAGAAACUAGUGUUUUCUCUCAGAACAGAAUUAAAACAAGUGAAGAAGGAGCAAGAUGAACUGAAGGAGAAGGAAGAGGCUGCAGAAGAACUUGCUACUGACCUCAGUGAUGAACUUGAAGAGAUCAUGGGAGAGGCAACACCUGAGCUAGGUACUGUGGAGGAUUUAGAAGCUAAUAUCUUAUACGUCCAGUGUGUUAAAAUCCAUAAGCUACAAUCGGAGACGGAAGAUGCUAAGAGAGAAGCAGAAGAGAUGAGCAGAAAAGCUCAAGAACUGAAGCAAGAAGCUGAAAAAUCCCGAGCUGUGGCUGAAGAAGGAGAGAGAAAACUAGAGCUUGUUCUGAUAGAGGCUAAAGAAGCAAAAGCAGCAGAACAAAGAGCCCUUAAGGAGAUGAAGAUUUUGUCUGAAGUACAAGGUAAAGUCUCGAAUUCAAAAUUCAUUGGGAGGAUCAGAAUGUCAAAUGAAGAGCUUGAAUCACUGAGUGGAAAGGUCAAGGAAUGUGAAGAUUUGGUUGAACAGAAAGAGGCAGCUGUUACAGCUCAGCUACAAGAAAUCUACACGAGAAAAAAUGAAGAAGACAGAAAGGUGGAAGCCAAUAUGAAAGCAAUUGAGGAAAUAAAGGCUGCAACUGAAACAGCUUUGUGGAAUGAAGAGAUGGCAGAUUCUGCAAAAGUGGCAAUUGAGGAUGAACUAAGGAGGUGGUAUCAACAAGAACAAAAGGUGGUAGCCAAUGCAUCUCCCCAAAUAUUGGAUUAUUCAAACUAUUCUUCAAGACCUAUCUCGUUGAGCAUCUAG